AUGCGCUGCGCCUUCCAACAACACCCCAAGAUGGCAGAAGAACAGUCCCGCACGGACGAAAGCCAAGCCGUCGCCGGCGCCAACGCAGCAGUGUCCGGCGGCAUAAACGCCCAAACCCCCCAGAAGAAGGUACAGGAGACCAAGCGCACACCACCAAAGUUGCCGAAGAAGGGCUCGCAGCAGAACACACCCAAGAAAGAAACACAGAAAGGCGGUGACUCAGAACAAGAACCGUCGCACGCGUCCGAAACAAAUGGCAAUGCUCCUGCUUCGCAACCACAGUCUCGCGCACAAAGCAAGCGCAGGCAGAGUAGGGGAAGGGGUAGGAGUCAGGCGCCAGAAUCUGAUACGGAGAGCAUUGUGCGCAGCGACUUGUCUGAUGCGCAAGGUGGUCGCCGCAACAGGAAUCGCAAAAAGAAGCCCACGAAAGAAGCGGCACCUCCUCAGUCCAACAAAUCUGGCGGUGGGCCUCUCGAUUCCCUUGACGAGGUAGGAGAAACCACCUCCGGAGCACUGGAUAAGGUCCAGGAUACUGCAGGCGGCGUGACAGAUCAGGCUGGCCAAGCUGCAGGCGGUGCAAAAGAUCAAGUUGGCAAGACUGUUGGUGGACUGACUGGUGGAGGGGAAAAAGGAGAAGGAAAAGAAGGGGAAGAUGGAGGCAAGGGAGAGCAGCUACGACUGCGCAUCGAACUCAACUUGGAUCUUGAGAUCCAAUUGAAGGCGAAGAUUCAUGGAGAUAUCACUAUUGGUUUGUUGAAUUAG